AUGGCAUGGAUACCAUUCGGAGUUGGACCACGAAAUUGUGUUGGAAUGCUAUUUGCUUUAAUAGAACUAAAAACGAUACUUAUUUGUCCAUUGAAAAAAAAUUCCAUUAUCGAUUGUGGUGAUCCAACACAUAAACCAUUCGAAAAUCUCAAAGAAUACAUCGUUAUUGCACCCGAUCAAGUUAUUGUUCAAUUACAACAUAGAGAUAAAUAUCAUGGAUAA